AUGAAACCUGAAAAUCCUGCUGAUGCUACUUGUGCAAGGAUCGAUUUAAGUAAAGGUAAUGCUACUUGGGAAACUGAAGAUUUUGGAAAUCCUGCUCAACCUCGUGUUAUGCCUGACGGUGUUUUAAUGCCUGACGGAAAAUUAUUGUAUCUAAAUGGUGCUUCUUGUGGAUUUGCUGGUUGGGAUCAAGGAUCAACUACCAAUAGACUUCAUUCGGCCCAAAACCCUAUAAAAACACCAUUUCUUUAUGAUCCAUUGGCAAACAAUGGAUCACGGUGGACUACUUUAGCUGCGUCAACCAUAGUUAGAGUUUAUCAUUCAAAUGCUUUUCUAUUGCCAGACGGAACAGUCUUUGUGUCAGGAAGUAAUCCUAAUUCUCCUCCUUGUACUACGUGUGAAUAUCCAACGGAGUAUCGAGUUGAAAGAUUCACACCACCAUACUUAUUAACUGGUGCUCCUCGUGCUACAAUGAAAUCCGUGGCAGGAACCACGUCUAUGAAUGGUCUAAAUACUACAGUAGUACACUAUAACCAAGUUGUUACAAUAUUGGUGGAUUUAAACAUGCAAUCCGGAGUAACAUUCUCUGCAUGUUUGAUACAUCAUGGAUUUGUUACACAUUCAAAUCAUAUGUCACAACGAAUGGUUGUUUUAAAAGUUGAAAGCGUUAUUCCAACUGAUAAAGGAUACGCUGUAGACGUUACAAUGCCACCUAAUGAAAAUAUAAUGCCUCCAGGAAGAAGUACCUAUUUAUAUGUUUUAUCUAAUGGUGUUCCAGCUGAUACUGCUAUUGAAGUUGACCUUAAAGCUGCUGAUAAAUAG